AUGUCAGAAGUAGCCCCCCAUGACGAGAUCCCCAUCACAAGCACCAAACCUGGAAUUAUCAACCUCCCCCAAACAUCUAAUGCCCAAACCUCCGAAAGAGCCUACCACCACCAUGAGAACUUCUUCAUCAAGCGGUCCCUCCGGCCAGAAGAGUACCUAAUCAACAACAGAGGCGAAACAAUAAUACCCCGUCUAGGGAAAGAACGACUCCAGAAUGAAGCCGCAGCACUACACUAUAUCCGCAACACAACCGACAUCCCCGUCCCAAGCUUAUACGGCGCCUUCGAGAUAGACAACUCUUUCAUGGUAAUCAUGGAACAUAUCAAUGGAAUCCAAAUGGCAAAGUUAUCAGACGAGCAGAAAGUAAUCGUCACGAAAGAAGUCGAGCAACACCUCGCUACACUUCGGAGGCUCAAAUCAGAUACGAUUGGUGGACCAUCUGGACUGGUGAUCCCGCCUUAUCGGGUGAUGAAUCUUUCGAAUAAUGAUUCUUGGGCUCGAAAUCGAACGACGAGCUCAGAGGCCGAGUAUGUGUUUUGUCAUGGGGAUCUUUCUCAGCAUAAUAUUCUUGUUGAUCCUCAGACGCUGAGGAUUCAGGCUAUUAUAGACUGGGAGUAUGCGGGAUUCUUUCCUGGGUAUUUUGAGGGACUUUUCUAUAAGCGACCCGGUCCUUCGGUGGCUCUUGAGGAGGAGUAUGAUGAUUCGGUUGAAUUAUUACGGUUUAUGAAGUCUGUUUAG